CGGGAAGGGCGUGGGGCGGCGGCGGCGGAAGUGGAGGGGCGGCGCGGGGCUGCCCUCGCCGUGCCGGGGGCCGCGCGGGCCGGCAGCGGCAGCCGUGACAGCAGCAGCGCCGGCCCGUCCGUCCGUCCCCGCCUCCCCUCGCGCCGCCCUCCCUCCCCAUGCUGGCCCUGUGCGCGGGCGCGGCUCGCAGGGCUGUUGGGCCACGGCUUAUAUUGAGGAUGACGUUAGGAGCCGAAAUUACUAGCCAGGUCAAAGCCUCUUCCUACAUUGCCUCACACCAAAACCUCCUGAGAUGGGACCUGUCACCAGAGCAAAUCAGAACAAGAACAGAAGAACUGAUCAGGAAGACAAAGCAUGUAUAUGACAGUGUUGGGAUGCUUAGUGCUGAAGAAGUAACACAUGAGAAUACUGUACAGGCUUUGGCAGAUAUAGAAGUGGAAUAUGCAGUGGAAAGAAGCAUGCUGGAUUUUCCCCAGCAUGUGUCGCCUGACAAAGAGGUGCGCUUAGCAAGCACAGAAGCUGAUAAAAAGCUUUCUAAUUUCGAUGUGGAGAUGAGCAUGAGAGAAGACAUAUUUCAGAAGAUUGUUUAUUUGCAGCAAACCUGCAAUCUUGCAAAUGUAAAGCCUGAAACAAAGCGAUAUCUAGAGAAAUCAGUUCAAAUGGGAAAAAGGAAUGGACUCCAUCUUCCUAAAGAAGUGCAGAAUGAAAUAAAGACAAUGAAGAAAAAAUUGAGUGAGCUGUGUAUAGAUUUUAACAAAAACCUGAAUGAAGAAAACACAUUUCUUGUAUUUUCUAAGCAAGAACUUGAAGGCCUUCCCGAUGACUUUAUUAAGAGUUUAGAGAAGACUGUGGAAGACAAGUAUAAAAUAACUUUGAAGUAUCCCCACUAUUUUCCUGUCAUGAAGAAGUGCUGCAUUUCAGAAACCAGGAGAAAAUUGGAAUCUGCCUUUAACACAAGAUGCAAAGAGGAGAACACCCAAAUUCUUCAGCAGUUGCUUCCACUAAGGGCAAAAGUAGCAGAGCUUCUUGGAUAUAAUACUCAUGCCAACUUUGUCCUGGAAGUGAACACUGCGAAGAGCACAGAAAACGUAACAGCCUUCUUAGAUGAUUUGAGUAAGAAGCUAAAGCCAUUGGCUGAGGAAGAAAGAAAAUUCAUUUUAGAUUUGAAGAAAAAGGAGUGUAAAGAAAGAAGCUUUGAUUAUGAUGGAAGAAUCAAUGCCUGGGAUCUACAUUAUUAUAUGAACAAAACACAAGAGCUGAAGUACUCCAUAGAUCAAGAGAAGCUGAAGGAAUACUUCCCAAUUGAGGCUGUUACAGAAGGCUUACUGAAUAUCUACCAGGAGCUGCUUGGACUUGUAUUUGAGCAAGUAGAGAGUGCUCAUGUUUGGCAUGACAGUGUCUCUCUUUAUACCGUAAAGGACAAUUCAACAGGAGAGACUUUAGGGCAGUUCUAUUUGGACCUUUACCCCAGAGAGGGAAAGUAUGGGCAUGCAGCAUGCUUUGGUCUCCAGCCUGGCUGCCUUCUCUCUGAUGGCAACAGGAUGAUGUCUGUGGCUGCUCUGGUAACCAACUUUACACAACCAGCAUCAGAUUGCCCAUCAUUGCUGCGACAUGAUGAAGUGAAGACUUACUUCCAUGAAUUUGGUCAUGUAAUGCAUCAGAUAUGUGCACAGACUGAUUUUGCUAGGUUUAGUGGAACUAAUGUGGAAACAGACUUUGUAGAGGUACCUUCACAAAUGUUUGAGAACUGGGUAUGGGAAAAAGAACCACUACAACAAAUGUCAAGACAUUACAAAGAUGAGAGCCAUGUUGCAGACACUCUCCUUGAGAAACUUGCUGCCUCUAGACUGGCUAAUACAGGUCUUUUAACUCUCCGUCAGAUUGUUUUGAGCAAGGUUGAUCAGGCACUCCAUACAAAGCCAUUUGUUGACCCAGCAGAUGAAUAUGCCAAAAACUGCAUGGAGAUUCUAGGAAUACCUGCAACCCCAGGAACAAGCAUGCCAGCUACUUUUGGACAUCUGGCAGGUGGUUAUGAUGGCCAGUACUAUGGAUACCUGUGGAGUGAAGUGUUUUCCAUGGACAUUUUUUAUAGCUGCUUUAAACAAGAGGGAAUAAUGAAUCCAAAGGCUGGGAUGAAAUACAGAAACCUUAUUUUGAAACCUGGAGGAUCUUUGGAUGGGAUGGAUAUGCUUCAAAAUUUCUUGGAGCGUAAACCAAGCCAGAGAGCUUUCCUAUUGAGUAAGGGAUUGUACGUUCAGUAAAACUAUGGUUCCUUUGUAAUGGCAUAUGAUUAUGAAAUGAGCUGGAAAUGUCAGUGUAUUUCACACCUUAUGUAUCAUUCUAGGUCACUUGGGUCACAUUUCGAUCAUUUUUUUUAAUUGUAAAAAUAAUGUGACUUUUUAAUUGCAAAGGGCUACAAAAUUCAACACAUUGGAAAAAAUUCUGAGAUGUGCAGAAGCUGAUAAAUUUGGAUGGUAAUUUAUUUGUGAAUUGUUAUGAAAUAAUCAAUAUGGGGAGUUGCUGCCCUCUCUCUCUUUUAAUAGAUGCAUUUAAACUGUGUCUUGUGAUUGAAUUUUAAACUUGGGGGGAGAAGGAGGAAGGGCACUACCAGCAAUAAAAGAAAUAGAUGCA